UCACCGUGGAAUAGAUCAGAAGGAGAUUAUCGCGUCCCAUGUGCAAUCGCCAGUUCGCGCGAAUUUUCGGAAACCGGAAGUAACACCCUUGACGACAGUCCUCCUUUUCCCACGUGCAUAUAUCAAAACAAAAACAGAGAUUUCAACUCGCCUUGGAGGAGGAAGGAGUCCGAGCGUGGUGCGAGAGACGACGCACCGAAGAGGUGGAUGAGAGGAGACACGCACGCAUUCCAUUGAGUCCAUUGCGGUGGUGCGGCAUUCCAUCUGAGCUCGUCCGCUCACUCAUACUCAUUACUUUUGUAUUCCCCCGUAUACAUAGAUGGAAUACAAGUAUAAUAUGAAUCUGCUAGUACGCUGUUGGAGUUAGCGUUACGAACCAUCCGAGCAACAAGCAGUGUUAGCUGGCCUCUCAGCCAGACAGGACUUGCUGCUGCUGCUAUUACCGUUGCUACUGCUGCUGCUGUUCUGUUGACUACUACUACUAUUACAACUACCAGUUCUUCCACUGCUCUCGCGCGUUCUUUUCCCCGUUUGGUGAGGUUCGCCACCACAGAGUUCUUCGGUUCGCGUACGCCGAGUGUGUUCAUAAAUGUGAGUGAAGUGAAGGUACCGUUGCGUGACCGAACGACGAGCGUGUGAAUGACUCGGGGACGUGGGGCACCUCUCCAUCACCUACAAAGACAUGGAGGACAUCGCCUUCAGCGACUGGCCCGGUCAGCAUCUGGAUCUUGCCGGCAGCAAUCCGUGGCUACCCGCCUACGGUUUCCAGCAGCCGCACACGCUUCUAGACAAAGACGACUUUCUUGGCAACCCAGAUGCCGAAUUAUUUUUGCACGGCAGCAGUCCACCCUAUGCCUAUUUGGAAACGAUCCAGGAAGAGACCUCCGAUGAUCUGCGGUCCGAGAGCGACCUAUCCGAGUCAGAGGCCUCUCCAGCAGGAUGGUUGGCCACCGAUUCCGAAUCAGGAUCCGUGAUACGCAUCCACGCAAUAGAAGAUUUGGAGUGUGAAUCUGAUCGUGAGGUGGCUUGUCCGGCGAAGAGGCGUAGGCAGGACAUAUUCCUGAGCGACGACGAAUCUUGCCACUCUUUGAGCAGGUCAAGCAGUCUACUGCAAUUUGAGAAUCUCGAGAAACAAUGCCAGGAAAUUUCGAGCAGCUCGCCAAGCAUCUUCUCCAGCUUCAGCUACGACUCACUGGAGAGAAAAGGGAACGUGAGUCCAGAUAGUUUAGAUAGGGACAUAGACUCAGAUUACUAUAGGACAUUGAAAAUUGAUGGGUUGCCGAAGAAGUGUAACAAAAGUAGAGAUUCGUUGUUUUAUAACAAUAGUAAUAAUAGCAGCGACUGCAGUGCGGACAGCGAGGAGACUUUGGAGGCGGCUAGGUACGAUAGUACUGCAAAUUUGAAGACCUGGAGAAGCUUCGAUGGGUUACACAGCAACACGCACAAAGUCAAAGUAUCUGUGGAGAAUCUGAGUGAAGAUAGUGGGUACAGUGACCAUUUCUAUGUGAGGAAUAAGUCGAGUAGCAUUCCGAAUAUGGUCGUUGUGCAGCAUGAGAGGGUGAUGCCAGAAAGGAGUGUGUACAAGACGCAAGUGCAAAUCGGCGGUGAUUUUGAACAUUACAGAAAGAGCAAGGAGCCCGGGUUCUGCGCGUACGACGGCGAAGUUAGCGGGAAGUUCUCGAGUAAUUUCGGGAUCAGUUAUCAUGAUCUCAGCAAUCUCGAAUACCGCAGCAGUCCUCUGAUUGAUAGGUUUAUGCGAAACGGUGCGGCCAAAAGGCGUUUAGCGGAUGCGGUAAAUAUAGACAAGGCGUCGGAAUGUUGCGUCGCGUCUAAAUAUAACACUGUGGCGUCGGCGAGUGAACCCAACUUGCUCAGUAACGCGACAGUCGAGCACCGAACAAUUGACAACGAAUACAACAAACAGGACUACUUCGAGGGUGCCGUGUGCGUGUCCAGCGUCCCGAAGGAUCUGAACCUUGCCGGGGAUUUGGGCCGUAAUUGGUCUCAAAACUUUUCCUCAAUCGCUGCAACCAACUGUAACCUGUCCGACAUUAUCGAAGACAAGAUGCCAAAGUUGUCGCGAUACCAGCGAGCCGAGUACGGCGACAAGAUCACCAUUCGUCUGAAGUACGACACGUCGAGUAUAAGUUCAGCCUCCGACAUCGAGCCAUCUAAUACAUCUUUCAAACGCGAAGGUAGCUACUUGGAGGCUAUGACAAAUUCCAUAGACAGCGAUGAAGAUUUCAAACCGCACAAGAAGAAGAUUUUAGGCGAAUUUGACAGGCAGAUUUUAAAAGCAAUUUCAGAGACGAGCAUACAAAGUUUUGGCAAGAGUGCGGAAAAGUUGGACACAGUAUUCACGUCGACGCCGAUCUGCAAGGAGAACAGGAACGUAAAAAGUACGCCGGAUCUAGCUGCAAUCAAUUUCGAGCACAGAAAGUUGGUGAUGAAUCGUAGCACGAGUACUAGCGGCGUUUCGGAGGAUGAGAAAAACUUGAAACCGGCGAAAUCCUUUAGCGGAUCCAGUGGUUCUAAGGGUGUACAUUUCAGCCCUGUCGUUGCGGAGGUUAACUGGAGGGAUAGCGUCUCGACUGAAAGGGAGUCAAGUUACAGUUUAUCCAGCAGUCCAGAACCUGAGGUAAAAGUGUCCUCGAGCCAACCGGAGCUGAAGUCACCGAAUUGGCGCGGCGCUGAAGAGGUCGGACGCGAAAUUAUGAAAGAGCUAGCCCGAAGUCAGCCGGAGAUUGGCGGAGCCAAUGUUUACCACUCUCCCACUCCUCACAAUCACGUGGCUAUUGGUAACCAACAAGUGAAGGCAGACAAACAAAACAAACCAGUGCUCGCUAUGGAGCCUGUUGUGAAGCAGCAGCAGCAUCUGCAGUGCGAAAUCCCUAACAAGGCGACAAAGCCUAACAAAUUCGGGGGUUUCUUCUCUCGUAUCGCAAGCUUUAGAUUUUCUUCCAGGAAGAAUGAUGAGAAAAAAAAGAAAAAGAUCAUCGAGCAUCCAGCGCUUAAGCCCACCGGGCAGCGUCUGGCCACCAAAGAUGAUUAUAUUUACAUCCCUCUCAAGGGUCCCGAUGAAAAGAUCAACAACAAUAUAAAUAAAGUGCAAGUUGAUGGUUUAGUGCUGGACGACGGGGUAAGCGGGAAACCCCCGAUGCCACCGAGGGUUGUAGGCGCUUGCGUCAAGCAGCAGCGACGUCAGGAGGCGGCCAGCACCACAUUGGGGGCGGUUGCGCACGGCCAAAGACCUGACCACCGUAGGACUAUUGAUUCCGGGCUCCCCCGGCCCAUGGAGCCGAUGGGGUUGAUCGAGACGGACCUCGACACAGAGGUGACGGUCAUCACAAGUGGGGCCCAUGCCAAGACUCGCAGCCUGAUGAAUCUGGGGGCAGAGGCGCCCCAUCAGCACCAACCCCUCAGCCUCGCCGCCCCCGAACAACACCGUACCCACAGGCCGCACAAAUCCAUGGAGUUCCUCCUCGAUAAACAGAAUCUCAAAGUGGUUGAGCCUCCGGAGAACGAACUUCAGAAGGGCGGCGAGCGGGUCAUGUCUGAGCAGCAGCUGAGGGUGCAGCGAUCCCUGCAGAAGCUCAACGUGCCCGAUUGGUAUAAGCAGGGGCAAGUGCCUAGGGAAGGUUUCCUGCUGAACAAAAAGACGCAGUCCGCAAGGGAGUCGCGCUGGCAGGGAACAGGAGGUAGUAAGACCACCUCGCUUAACAGUUUAGGCUCGACUAGUCAGUCCCCGGUCGCACUCAGUCCUACGGCACUUCACACUCAGCCCUUCGUCCGGUGGUCUACAUCCAAGUUAAACUCCACAGCAUCAUCGCCGUGCGCCUCCACGCGCAGCAGUUUCAACGCUCGUCAACCUAACGGAUCCAUCUCGCCCUCAUCUCUGAGGAGCAGCUUUUCGUACAGGCAACCGUAUUUAGGUUGGAGGUCGCAGGAGCGGCUCACCAGGACCCCGCGCACUCCGGCCGAACGUCUGGCCAACUCCAUACUAUCGCAGCAGCCGACGCAGGAAAACCAAGAGAUCCAAAGUUCCAUCAAGGAAGUCACCUCUGCGAUCGUUCACUACGUGAGCGGAUUAAGACCGGAAGAUGGACGAGAGCAUAGCUAUGACAGCCAGGAGACGGCCAGCCAGAGGAGCAGAUCCGUCAGUCCGCGAGGAAGCCAGAAGCUCUGCUGGGUCGAGAGCUCCUUCGUAGGCACCAGACCAUUGGACUCACCCCAAACUCCAAUUACCCUAACAGAAAGCCCACCGAUGCCCCCAACUACCCUUAGACUCGACCUCCAGCACAACGAUGUGAGCUUGUUGAGUACCGGGGGCAGCAGGAAGCCGUCGCCUUCCUCGACAACGCUGGAGGACGUUCUGGAUUCGCUGUUAGGACUUCCCUCAUCGACUCGAGCCCCGAGCCCCAGUCUCCAAGAGACGGCGUCAGCUAGUACAAGCCCGGUUAGAAGACAGGGUGAACAAUUCCGGCGUCGAAGCGAGGGCAGCGAGCCGACAAGCCAACCUCCUUCAUCUACAGGACGACGAUCCAGUUUCCAUUCCUCACCUGUUUUGCGAUGCAAGUACGGCCGAUGCGGACGGACCGCGGUGGCCAAAAGCAACGAAGGGCAGGCCUACAAAAAUUGCCACAACUGUUCAUACACAUACUGCAGCAGGACGUGCAGAAGAUCGCACUGGGAGAAACACAGGAAGACGUGCUUAUUCUCACGCGUUGGCACACUUUGUCGUCAGGUCAUAGCCGCAGCCAAAGAACAGGACGACACUUUGCAGAGCCUCUCCGUGAUCGCUCGCAGAGGAUUCCUGUCCCACGGCCCCGGGGCUGUGAAGAUUUUCUUCCCCUGUCCAGAGUCUGCUGAUAAAUUUUUGCUCGAGGGUUUACAAAGUCUUGGAGACCCGACGUACGUACGUUGGCAGGAUCUGUUACCAUCGGAGAUGGGUCCGCAGCUGUACGCCGAGCUGGUCAAGAUGUGCAAGAACUACAAUCCAGACGCAAAGCUGGUGCUGUACGUCUCGGUAUGCGUGAUAUCCGAGGCUCCGGCAGCUGGCGCCGUGAAAUGGGAACGGCAAUUGGUUUCCAGAUGUGGUAAAAUGCGGCUCAGCAAGAACAUUCACAUCCCGGACAAUCCAGUCGACAAUCCCGAGACUCUGAUCCUCACCUCACCGCCAAUCAAAGAACCGCAGCAAGGCUUACGCGAGAUAAGCUUCAACAACAUCGAAAAACAUCUCCGACAGAGAGGCGUCUCAUUGAAGAAGCACUAUCCGAAGAUAUAUCAGCAGCUCUGCAACUACGUGGACGGCACUUGCAAAUUCGCUCCGGUCACCGUUUAUCCUCGCGAUUCAUCCACAGGCAAAACGUUCAUGUGCAUCAUCAUGCCAGACGUGGAGCCCGAAUGCGUGAACAAACUGACCACGGCCGGAGUCCGAGUGCGCACCGUGAAUUUACUCCAAGACCCCGAACCGGAUCAAACUUGAAUCGAAUGCCGAACAAAUUGUGCCAAAAAAAGGUUAUUAUCUAAUAAUAGCUGGCAUACAAGAUAGUUAGAAUGGAAAGGAACUAGUGAAACGCUCUGUACAUAUCGGCCCCUGCCCGAAGAAGAAAAGGCUCAACGCAACUAAAAUCAGCGGGAUUUUUUUAAUGAAAACUACAUCGGAAUUUUACCCACCACCACCAGAAUUUACCACACCCCAUCCUGUGAUCUACAUUAAAUAAAUUAUUAGCUUGUUGUUGGAUUUCCGCAGAUUUUAAAAACAAAACUAAAUAUUUCAUGUUACUUACUUAAAAAGAAAACUAUAAUAUAUCUUUAUUGUCGCAACGUCAGAACGUAAAUAUCAAAAUCGCACCAACUCAAUCAAAAAAAACUUUAAGCAAACUCGUUUUUUUAAAUUAUAUUAACUAACAGCAAUUUACGAUUUGACGUUGCGGACUAUCGUUAUGCUUUAUAAAUAAAUAUUUAAUAUCCAAUUAUUAUUUUAAUAAACAAGUUCGUGAUCAAUUUGUACAAGUCACUUAUGCGAACACACAAUUCACAUGCAAUAUGAUAAUAUAAUCUUCAUCGUCUCUUCCACCAUCAGUCUCAAUCUUUUGGUUGAUCUCUAUCUACCAAAUAUCACGGAUAUCUAUAUAUCACGAGGCUGCAACAAUUCGGUUGUCGUCUGGGGCCGUUUGUGCUGCUUUAUUUCUUAAACAUAAUCCAAACAAAUCCCACUAUUCUAUUCCUGCAAAUUGAAUGUAACCCCGUAAUUUCUAAU